UCUGAACUUCCUACCUGGUGGCAUCGCUGCUUCCUCUCCGCCAUCGAUCGCCACUAAAUAAUAUCUACGCCCUUGCCUACCUCCCUUUCCUCCCCUCAGUCAACUCCGCUCCUCUGUCGAUCCCCAGGCAUCCGGUCCGGGACGAUCCGCACCCCAGCUCUCUCCUGACACUCUGCGCCCGCGCUCCUUUAUUACCGACCAAAAGUUAUCAUGAAUGACACCGGUGGUCAUCCAGGUGUGCGGAGCCUGCUCGCUAAGUUCGAAACCAACCAAACCAGCGCUCCCUCACCACCCUCGCGAGGUCGAUCCCCUGCCGGUUCUGACAACUCGGGCUCUGCUCGGCCUUUAUCCAAAAUCCGUGCGAGUUUCGUCGCUGUUGACGGGGCCACUCAGCCCAACCCUCUAGCAGGCUUGCGCAGUGUCAGUGUGCGCAGCGACAGCCCCGCCGGUCCAACUAGAGUGCGGAGCUUUCACUCGGAUGACAUGGAGAGUGGUUUGAAGAGUCCAUUGUCACCCACGGGCAAUGGCUUCCCAUGGAGGACCUCUGCUCUAUCAACGAUGGAGCAAGAGGUGGUACCGAAGCCAACUAUGGAGAAAGUCGCUACGCCCCUGGUGGAGGAGGCCAAGCCGUUGGAAGAUAAGGAGAACACACCUGCCGAGAACACCACCGCGCCCACAGCAGCGGAAUCAAACCCCCCUUCCCCCAAGAAAACUGCAGCCUCGCGCCCAGCUGCGAUCCAGGUGGCGAAGAGGUCGCCUCCUGUGAAGCCUGCUACGAAGUCGCCCACUCACCCUCGUACACCAACGUCCCCAGCCAAGCCUGUUGAUCACACAACCAAGACUACCAGGGCGUCUAGACCAUCUACCACCGCGAAGCCCACUCCGCAUGAGCCCGCAAAAGUUGCAGCACAUAAACCGAGCCGCCCAUCUCUGAAUCCUGCGACCAAGCCUGCCACCAGAACUGUGCGUCCUUCUGCGUCGGCUCGGGAUUUGACUAAACCGACAGCGUCGAGCGUUUCUCGCACCACUAGAACGGUGUCUACCUCUACUCGCCCUUCAGCAACCACAUCGACCACAUCUACAACGGCUAAGAAGGGACCUACCGCAGUACCCUCUGCUCCUCUGUCGCGCAAGCCAUCUACAUUGAAGAAUGCAAGCGCCACAACCCAGCGCCGCGCCAUCACCCCAACGGCUGCGAGCCUUCGCAAACAAGCCCCUCGUGCUUCCCCUCCCGAGAGGCCGCACUCACGGACAAGCAAUACCAGCUCCAAGCCUGUGGAUGAGGGUUUCCUGGCAAGAAUGAUGCGCCCGACGGCCAGCUCUGCCAGCAAGUCGCACGACAAGGUUGACAUCAAGAGUCCGCCCCGCACCACCCGGACUACCCAAGCUCCACGCCGUGUUCCUUCGAAGCUCGAAAGUCGCCCACCCCGUCUGACUAAGCCUGAUCAUGGCAAGCAGCGCGGAGCUUCUGCAGAGCCUCAGAAGCCUCAGCCUAAGCCAGAGCAAGAUGCUGCUCCAAAGGAAACCCUGGCAUCGCAUGUGGCCCUUCAGGAGAAGCUUGCAGAGCCUGAGCCCAUCGUUCCCGAAGAGGCUCCUGUUGUUGAGGAGGAGCUCAAGGAGCCCAAGGAACCCGAGGAGCCUAAGGAGCCAGUGGUCGAAGAGGUAGUUGCUCCUAUGACUGAAGCCCUUGCUGAGACUCCUGUCAUCCCCGGUGGUGACGAGGCCAGCGAGGAGCCAGCCAUUAUCGACGAGCACGUUGCUGAGCCUCUUUCUUCCGUCCCUGAAGAUCAUACUGUCUCUUCCGCUGAGCCAGCUACCAAUGAGGCCUCUGAGCCGGAAGAUCUGGCUGAUGAGGUUGUGCCCAUCGAAACCCAUGCGGACAUUGCUACCGAGACUUCUGAGAAGACCCCCCUGGAGGCUUCGAACGAGGUCAACCUUGACAUGGACAAGCUUGCCCUCAACUGAGGCAGGGCUAUGAUCCUGAUCGUCGGAACCAUGACCGGUAGCUGCACCCGGGGUUGAAUAAAACAAUCUACUCUUCUUUUCUUUUGACAUAUCUUUCUUAUACCCUUGGUAAUUGCGAUGUGACUAGGCACAUGUGCCUAUUUCUA